GAGAGAUGCACACUGAGAGAGCUCUCCAGCUUCAGUACCUGUUAGAGCGCCGGAUGGCCGGCUGAUCAGAUUAGAGGUGUCAGGGUUGGUUAAUCUGUGAAGGAAGAGACAGACUGCCACUCAUCCUGCUGCUGCUGCUGCUCACCGCUCCCAUUCACCGGCGGUGAGGCGGAGGAAGAGGAGGAAGAGGAGGAAGAGGAGCACAUUUGGUGUUGACGCGCGUCGGGGAAUUUCCCCCAACCCUUUUCCAAUGGAUACCUGCAGGGUGCGAGUCUGGCUGUUUCUGGUCCUGGUAUGGCAGGAUGGCUCUUUGGCAUCGCAGUUCCCGACACAGCUCAUGAUUAAAGAAUGGGUUGAUCAGAUGCAGAAAGAGCUUGUCACCCUGGCAGACACGGCCACAGCUGGGAAGAGCCUCACUCAGAUUUUUCUGAGAAACCAACACCUGUACACUGUGGAGCAAAACGACGCAGAGGAGCUGGUGGCCAGAGCAGCCAGGAAAAUUGAACAGCUGCUGCGGAAGAGGUCUGCUGCCUUGGAGAAACUGGCCACAACUGCUGAGAACUUCCAGAUGCAGCAUGUGUGGCAAGACGAGUUUGAGGGUGAUGAAAUCUCCUACUACAACGCAAAGGACAAUCUGGAUGCGAAUGAGACAGAGGGAAGAAAAUACAGGAUUCGACCAGACUUUAAAGAGGACCUGUCAUUUAAACGUUUGACUGAUUACAACCACACGGCUGUCCACAUCCCCACUGACAUCUAUGAUGGCUCCACCAUUGUGCUGAAUGAACUGAACUGGUCGGAGUCGUUGGAGGAAGUGUUUAGAAAAAACAAAGAGGAUGACCCGACCCUUCUCUGGCAGGUGUAUGGUAGCGCUACGGGCCUGGCUCGCUACUACCCAGCUUCUCCCUGGAUGGAUGCUCGCAAGACCCCCAGUAAAAUUGACCUGUAUGACGUCCGCAGGAGGCCAUGGUACAUCCAAGGAGCUGCCUCACCCAAAGAUAUGCUAAUCCUUGUGGAUGCAAGCGGAAGUGUGUCUGGCUUGACUCUCAAACUGAUCCGGACCUCCGUCAGCGAGAUGCUGGAGACUCUGUCCGAUGACGACUACGUCAAUGUAGUUUAUUUUAACACCAGGGUGAAGAAGACGGCGUGUUUCGACCAUCUGGUUCAAGCCAACGUGAGGAACAAGAAGCUGCUGAAGGAUGCUGUUCAGAACAUCACCGCUAAAGGAAUUACAAACUACACAAAAGGCUUUGAGUUUGCUUUUGAGCAGCUCUCAACGACUAAUAUCACCAGAGCAAACUGCAACAAGAUCAUCAUGCUGUUUACUGACGGAGGAGAGGAAAGAGCUAGGGCCAUACUGGAGAAGUACAACGCUGACAAAAAGGUGAGGAUCUUCACCUUCUCAGUAGGACAGCACAACUAUGAUAAAGGACCCGUUCAGUGGAUGGCCUGUUCCAACAAAGGUUACUUCUAUGAGAUUCCUUCCAUCGGAGCCAUCAGAAUAAACACACAGGAGUACCUAGAUGUCCUGGGAAGACCGAUGGUUCUGGCAGACAAGCAGGCCAAACAAGUCCAGUGGACUAAUGUCUACCUUGAUGCUCUGGAACUGGGGCUGGUCAUCACCGGAACGCUGCCUGUCUUCAAUAAAACGAGGACUACAGAUGAAAGGAAUGGCGAGCACCAGAAUCAGUUGAUCCUUGGCGUAAUGGGGAUUGACGUGUCUCUGCAUGACAUCAAGAAGCUCACGCCACGCUUCACAAUUGGUCCAAAUGGAUACUACUUUGCGAUUGAUCCCAAUGGAUACGUCCUGCUGCACCCCAAUCUCCAGCCAAAGAAAAGGAUUCGUAACAGGAAGCUCAGGCUCAAUAAUAAGUAUGCUGUCACUUUUCACGAGGAACCUGUUACCCUUGACUUCCUGGAUGCUGAGCUGGAGAAUGACAUCAAAGUGGAGAUCAGGAAAAUGAUGAUCGAUGGUGAGACAGGCGAACGUACCAUUGACACUCUGGUGAAAACUCAGGAUGAGAGGUACAUCGAUAGAGGAGUCAGGACCUACACGUUUGCGCCGGUCAAUGGGACAGAUUACAGCCUGGCUCUUGCUCUGCCGAAAUACAGUGAACACUUCAUUCAAGCCAAACUGGGGGAAGACUUGAAAAAAGCCGUGUCUUCUGCUUGGGGGCUAGAAGCCCUGGAAAGCAUACAGCAGGAGAGGUUUGACGAGUUUGGUUACACCUUCAUCGCUCCAAGGGCGUACUGCAAAGAGAUGAAGUUGUCAGUCAACAACUCCCAGUUUCUCCUCGACUUCAGCCAGUACAUUGAUAGCGACACUCCAGAUGCAUGUAAUAUGUCCAUGGUGAAUCGACUAAUCCUGGACGCAGGUCUGACAGCCGAACUGGUUAAACUUUGGAACGAGCAGACAGUGGACGGGAUAGUGGCCAGGUUCGUAGCGACAGACGGAGGAAUCACAAGAAUCUACCCAAGGAGUGCCGGGGAGGAGUGGAUGGAGAAUCCUGAGACAUACGAGUCCAGCUUCUACAAAAGGACCCUGGACAAUGAAAUAUAUAUUUUCACAGCUCCAUCUUUCAACCCAGAGGGCCGGGAGUCUGUUUCUGAGACCGGUAUUCUAGUGAGCAAAGCAGUGGAGCUCACGAUAGACGAAGUCACGCUCAAACCAGCGGUGGUGGGAGUGAAACUCAAUGUCUCUUUCUGGAUGAACAGUUUUAUGAACGCUACAUUGAAGCUGAAUUGCAAGGAUGAGAUCUGUGGCUGUCUGAGGAAUGACAAGCAUGUAGACUGUGUGAUCCUGGAUGACGGGGGAUUUCUUCUCUUGUCCAACCAGGAUGAGUAUAUCACACUGAUAGGUCAGUUCUUUGGCGAGGUGGAUCCUGUGCUGAUGAUCAACCUGGUCAACACCUCGCUGUACUCCUUCAACAAGACCUAUGACUACCAGUCUGUCUGCGACCCGGAGAAAGACAGCAAGGCUGCAGCAGGACCCCGCUCCGUCUAUGUGCCUACCAUUGCAGACAUGCUCAGUAUUGGCUGGUGGGCCUCCAGUGCUGCCUGGUCGAUACUCCAGCAGCUCUUCUUUGGUCUCAUGUUCCCCAACCUUCUAGAGGCAGCGGAGUCAGCAGAUGAUGACAUACCAGAUGCCAUGUUUAAGGAAAGCUGCAUCACAGAGCAGACUCAGUACUUCUUUGACAAUGAUGAAAGAUCCUACUCAGGUGUCCUGGACUGUGGAAACUGUUCCAGGAUGUAUCGAGCCGAGAAGCUGCCAAACACCAACCUAGUGUUCCUGAUCACUGAUGCCAAGGCAACGUGUUUGUCGUGCGACCCCAGGCCUCUGCGACAGGCUGAACAACCCUCUGAAGGUCCAGAUCCGUGCGAGCUCGCUCAGAAUCCCAGAUACCGCAAAGGGCCGGACGUGUGUUUCGACAACAACGAAAACGAUGAGCCCUUGUGUCCAAUCAGCAGCGGUUCUACAUUGAGUCCCACACUUCUCUUUUUGUUUCUGGUGCUGAGUUCAGGGAAGAUGAUUCUGAUUGCGGAGGAGGGACCUGCCUGAGCCCGUGUCUUUGGCCAAUGCUUGGGCUCCAACUACUGCUGCUGUGGCUCGUCACAUCUCUACAACACUCAUGACCCCAACACACACACACACACACACAUACACUUACACACUGAUCAUCAUCUCAUCCCACAAGAGGCCAGAAGACACUCCAGUUAUUUCAUCCAGGAUGUAUGCAGAGUAUUUGCAACAAGACAUUUUCUUUUUCUGACGACAGUAUCAACAUUUCCAUUUUCCAAUGCCAAAGGGUGCGCAUCCAUUUCCUCCAUGUCAUGUUCAAAAAUAGAGACACAUUUACUGUGCUCAGCUGCACUCAUUUCCACGAUAUACUCCUUAAUACUCUCCUAUGGUGCAAGAGUAAGAGCUAACCAAACCCUUUAAUUCUGCCUCAUUUGUUUCUCUGAUUUAUUUAGCAGAGGUUGAAGAGUCCCACUAUGCCAACUAAAUAUCAUUCAAAGACUGUAUGUUCACUGACAGCGUUGAUUCGUGUAGUUGUUGUUAUUGUUUGUUGCUUAUUAUACUUACUGCGUAUGAAUCAUUAUGCUGCGAUGAUUGUUUAUUUUUGGCAACCAGUGCAACUAUGAAGAGUAUCCCUAUUUGUUUGAGUGUUUUUUAAAUGUACUGUACCUAUCUAUUUUUUAUUUAUUUUUCUAUUUGUACUCAAAAUCAACUACGUGACAAGCUAGGUGUUGUAUCGUAGCAGCAUGUGCUCAGUACAGAGCUAAAGACAACACCAGUACACCAAAGCUCCACACACUACCAAGGACCACACAAACCUACUACAGAGAAUCUGCAGGCUAGUUUAUUUUAAGAGAUUCCUCAGACGUGGGUGCGCAUCAGUAUUCAAGUUAGCUAGAUAGAUAGAUAUCUUAGAUACCUUGCUGAGAGAAAAAAGUGAGAUCAUGUAAGUCAAAAUCUGUUAGGAUAUUACAAUUUCAAAUAUGUUUGUACUUGGUCUGACAGCUUUGGUUGUCUUCAAUUUGAUGCAUCAAAUUCCCAGUGCCUACAUAGUAGCUCAAACAGUCUGUUACCUGACUGAAACAACGGAUCAGAGUUGUAUUCUCACCAUGUAUGCUUCUAUGCUAAUGCUUGCUGCAGUAUAGCAGAGAGAGGGUAAGCCCUUGCAGUAAUAUGUUGUGAAAUGGGCCAAAUCUGCUGCAAUUAUUCUAAUUUAUGUGGCCCAGGCCUCAGUAGAGACGACGAGUGAUUUUGAUUAUGGGAGAUAAAUGUUAUUUUCCUCCAUGGUCAAAACAAACCUAAACCAGACUUGCGUUCCAGCACCUCUCUUUAUUAGUCCUGUUUCUGUUCCCCUUCUGGAUCACCAGACUCAGGAGCCAAGAUGACUUGUGAAUGAGAUCAGCAUAUCAAAAUGACUGUUUCUUUGUUUUCCUCCUCCUUGCUGUUCUCCUUAUGCUUGUUUCCUCUUUGUUUUUGCUCUAUAAAGUGCUGUGAAGCAGACGCUGAAGGCUCAGUGUCGAAACGCUGCAAUGUCAUGGGAUGAGCUUGUUCUGUGUUUGAACGCUGUCUAUGCCUCUGAUCAGCAUCAGGGCCUGUUGGAGAGAACUUCGACAAUACACUACUACCAGUGGUAAUUUAGCAUUGCCUUACAUUACCAUAAGUCAUAAAUAUCACAAUCAAGUUUCUCUUUUUUUAGCUAUUCUAACAAUUAAAGUUGGGUUCUCUCCACCUCGCCUUCAUGGUGACCUUGUUGAGUGUUCAGGUUAUGCCUGUCUUAUCGAAGUCGCGUGUUGACUCGUGUUUUACCCCGGGGGUCCCGUGUCUAUGUGCAGGCAUGUGCGUGUCCCUCCGAUAUCUGAUUGUGCUUUAAUACUGUACAAGAAUUACUCUUUUGUGUAACUUGAUUAGCCUGAAUAAAUUUUGUAUACAUUUGUACACUAAUACUAUUUACUGUAUAAAAGAGAAAAAUGAAAGAAAAGAAAAAUGUUUAUAAUAUGGUGUUGAUUAUUGUGCAAAUAUAUAUUCACAAUAAAAGUGUUGUAUUGUUAUGA